AUGGUAGCACAAGUUCAAAAACAAGCCCCAGCCUUUAAGAAAACGGCUGUUGUCGACGGUGUCUUCGAGGAAAUUUCACUGGAAAAGUACAAAGGUAAGUAUGUUAUUCUAGCUUUUGUCCCAUUGGCUUUUUCAUUUGUCUGUCCAACUGAAAUUGUUGCAUUUUCUGAUGCCGCCAAGAAAUUCGAGGAUCAGGGUGCCCAAGUUUUAUUCGCCUCCACCGAUUCCGAAUAUUCCUUGUUGGCCUGGACCAACCUCCCCAGAAAAGACGGUGGAUUAGGUCCAGUUAAUAUUCCCCUUCUAGCAGACACAAACCAUUCCUUAUCCAGAGACUACGGCGUUUUGAUUGAUGAAGAAGGUAUUGCCUUGAGAGGUCUAUUCAUCAUCGACCCAAAGGGAGUCAUUAGACACAUUACUAUAAAUGAUCUAUCUGUAGGUAGGAACGUCAACGAAGCUUUGAGGUUAGUUGAAGGUUUCCAGUGGACCGACAAAAAUGGUACAGUUUUGCCAUGUAACUGGACUCCAGGAGCCGCCACUAUCGAACCUGACGUGAAAGGUUCUAAGGAGUACUUCAAAAGUGCUAAUAAUUAG